AUGGCGGCCACUAUCAAGACUGCCCACGAUCCCAAUACACAGAGCAACUAUAAGCACUGGCUGUCUACCCACAUCACUGUGAAUUUCGACAUCUUGUUUGACCAGCAGAAACUGGCAGGAAACGUUGUGCACAAGAUCAAGUCCCUGACCAGCAGAGAAUCGCGGGAGAUCCUUCUGGAUACCCGAUAUCUGCAUGUUGGCGAUGUGAAGAUUGAUGGCAAAUCAGUCCAGUGGGAGAUUCUCCCGGCUGUAGAACCGUAUGGCAACGCAUUGAAAAUUAGUAUUGAAGAAGGUGCGGAGCUCGGCCAGCUCGUUGAGGUCGAUAUCUCUGUCGAGACUACUGAAAACUGCACUGCAAUCCAGUGGUUGACACCUACUCAAACCUCCAACAAGAAGCAUCCAUACAUGUUCUCCCAAUGUCAGGCUAUUCACGCCAGAUCCAUCUUCCCCUGUCAAGACACUCCUGGUGUCAAGUCCACCUUUGACUUCAACAUCUCUUCUCCUCUCCCAGUGGUUGCCAGUGGGGUACCAAUUCGUAGUGAUGCCGAAUCAGCAUCUGGCAAACAGCUCUAUCAAUUCCGCCAAAAUGUGCCCAUUCCAAGCUAUCUCUUCGCAGUUGCUAGCGGAGACAUCAAGGAUGCGCCCAUCGGGCCACACAGCGUCGUGGUGACCAGUCCCGACAAGCUUGACGAAUGCAAGUGGGAACUGGAGAAUGACACCCAGAAAUUCAUUGAUGCUAUCGAGAAAAUUGUGUACCCCUACGUCUGGGGACAGUAUAACGUUUUGAUUCUGCCUCCGAGCUUUCCAUAUGGUGGCAUGGAGAACCCGAUCUUUACGUUCGCCACACCAAGCAUCAUUUCGAAGGAUCGAGAGAAUAUUGAUGUGAUUGCCCACGAACUAGCCCAUAGUUGGAGCGGUAAUCUUGUCACUAAUGCUUCAUGGGAGCAUUUCUGGUUGAAUGAAGGCUGGACGGUCUAUCUUGAGAGACGAAUUUUGGCAGCUUUGCACGGAGAGCCCUAUCGUCACUUCUCAGCAAUAAUAGGCUGGAAAGCCCUCUCGGAUGCUGUGGAACACUUUGGACAGAACCACGAGUUUACUAAGCUUGUCGUUGAUCUGAAAGGCAAGGAUCCCGACGAUGCAUUCUCAAGCAUUCCCUACGAGAAGGGAUUCAACUUCCUGUAUUACUUGGAAACACUCGUUGGAAAAGCCAAGUUUGAUAAAUUUAUUCCCCAUUACUUCACAGUCUUCAAAGGGAAGUCGCUUGACUCGUUCGAGUUCAAGGCAACUCUGCUGGAUUUCUUUGCCCACGAUGCAGAUGCUUCCGAGCUUCUGAGCACGGUUGAUUGGGAUACAUGGUUCUACUCACCUGGCCUGCCUCCCAAGCCAGACUUUGACACCUCGCUCGUUGAUGUUGUGUAUACCCUCGCCGAGAAGUGGCUGUCCCUACCCGGUUCCUCAUUCAAACCCGACGUCAGUGAUAUCCAGGAUCUUACGGCAAACCAAAUUGUGGUCUUUCUGGAGAAACUCCUUCUCUCCGACAAGCCUCUUAGUGCGGAUUCGUCGAAACUGUUGGGAGAUGUCUACGGACUCGCUAAGAGCGAGAACAUUGAAGUUUCCAAUCUCUAUUUCCAAGUUGGCAUGCAGUCGAACGACGAGAGUGUCAUUGAGCCGACGAGGCAGCUUCUUGGUCAGAUAGGCCGCAUGAAGUUCGUGAGACCACUUUACCGUGGCUUGAAGAAGAUGAAUUACGAACUCGCAGUAGCCACUUUUAACGAGUAUAAGUCGUUCUAUCAUCCCAUCUGCCGUGGCAUGGUGGAGAAGGAUCUCCUUGGCUAG